CCUACAAUCCAAAAUUUGUGUAGCUCUUUGCCCCUCUGUAUUCAAGAAAGAAACGGCGCCGUUUUGUACUGCUACUGCCUUGUUUCCUCCCCGCUUCAUCCCUUCGGCUAUAGACCCGUAGUUUAUGGUUCCCAAACUGCGACGAACUUAAAAAAAAAAAAAAAGGAAAGAUUUGGAUUUCUGAUUUAAAAAAUUGUGGUUCAUUUCAAUAUCUGUUUCGAUUUCAAUCCAACAUCCAAAAACCCAAACAAUGGCUUCUCAAACUGCAGUCCAAAGAUCCCCUACCUCCACUUCCUCCUCCUCCCCUCUCCACCGUCUCUCCACUUUCAAAAACCCAUCUUCUUCUCCCACCGCCGCAUCUCCUCCUCCGCCGCCAUCUUCACUCCUUGACUCUUUUGCCAAAGACCCAAUCCUUUCCCCUUUCCUCUCCCCGUCCUUUUCUUCCAUUUCCUUUUCCUCCGCUGCCCUUUCCUCCGGAUCCCCUGCUUCCAUUGCCGAACACCUUCUCCAAGCCAUCCGCCAACUCGAUUCCCAACUCCGUUCCCACGUUCUUUCCAACCACCCUCUUCUCCUCACUCAAUUAUCUUCUCUUAACAACGCUGAGCUUUCCCUCUCCACUCUCAGAUCCUCAAUUUCUUCUCUUCAGUCUUCCCUUCGUCGUGUCCGAUCUGAGCUCUCCGAACCGCAUACUUCAAUUCUCUCUAAAACAGUCCACCUCUCGAAUUUACAUCGGACUUCCGAGCUUCUCUCCCACUCCAUACGUGCCAUCCGCCUGUCGAAAAAGCUACGGGACCUUAUGGCUUCUGCAGAAGUAGAGCCUGAUAAGUUGGAUCUUGCUAAGGCUGCUCAGUUGCAUAAUGAUAUCUUGACCUUGUGCGAGGAAUAUGAUCUUGGUGGUCUUGAUAUGGUUGAUGAGGAACUUAAUGCGGUCAGAGAGAUAGGGGGUAGGUUAAGGAGCGAAGCUAUGAAAGUUUUGGAAAGGGGAAUGGAAGGGUUGAAUCAGGCUGAAGUGGGAACUGGGUUGCAAGUGUUUUACAAUCUUGGGGAGUUGAGAGGGACGGUGGAGCAUCUGGUGAAUAAGUACAAGGGAAUGGGUGUGAAGAGUGUGAGUUUGGCGUUGGAUAUGAAGACGAUUUCAGCCGGUGGUGGAGUUGGAGGAUUUGGUCCUGGAGGCAUUAGAGGGACUGGAACGCCACAGAUUGGGGGAAGUGGGAAGGCAAGGGAGGCGUUGUGGCAGAGGAUGGGGAGUUGUAUGGAUCAGUUGCAUUCUAUUAUGGUUGCGAUUUGGCACUUGCAGAGGGUUUUGUCCAAGAAGAAAGACCCUUUUACGCAUGUCUUGCUGCUUGAUGAAGUCAUUAAGGAGGGUGACCUCAUGCUAACAGAUCGAGUCUGGGAAGCACUUGUUAAGGCUUUUGCUACCCAAAUGAAGUCUGCUUUUACUGCAUCAAGUUUCGUCAAAGAGAUAUUCACAAAUGGGUAUCCAAAACUAUUCUCUAUGAUGGAAAACCUUCUUGAAAGAAUUUCCCGUGACACUGAUGUCAAGGGCGUCUUAUCAGCAAUCACUUCAGAGGGUAAAGAUCAAAUGGUUGCAGCUAUUGAAACAUUCCAGAUGGCUUUCUUAGCUAGCUGCUUAAGCCGGCUUUCAGAUCUAGUUAAUUCUGUUUUUCCAGUCUCCAGCCGUGGUAGCGUUCCCUCCAAAGAACAGAUCUCUAGAAUUCUUUCACGCAUUCAGGAAGAGUUAGAAGCUGUUCAGUUGGAUGCUCGAUUGACUCUUCUUGUGCUGCGCGAAAUAAGCAAGGUUUUGCUUCUGAUUGCAGAACGAGCUGAAUAUCAGAUAUCGACUGGUCCUGAAGCACGCCAAGUAUCUGGUCCUGCUACUCCAGCUCAGGUCAAGAAUUUUGCAUUAUGUCAGCAUCUACAAGAAAUUCAUACACGAAUAACUUCUAUGAUCUCAGGGCUUCCAACUAUUGCUGCAGAUGUAUUGUCACCUUCACUUGGUGCAAUAUAUGGUGUUGCUUGUGACUCUGUAACAUCCUUGUUCCAAGCAAUGAUUGAUCGGCUCGAGUCUUGCAUCUUGCAAAUCCAUGACCAGAACUUUUCUGCCCUUGGUGUGGAUGCUGCUAUGGACAACAAUGCUUCCCCUUACAUGGAGGAGUUGCAGAAGUGCAUUCUUCACUUUCGUAGUGAGUUCCUAUCUAAGCUGCUGCCAUCUUCAGCUAAUUCUACAACUGCAGGAACAGAAACCAUAUGCACAAGGCUUGCUAGGAGCAUGGCUUCACGGGUUUUGAUCCUCUUUAUCAGGCAUGCUUCUCUUGUUAGGCCUCUUUCAGAAUCAGGCAAGUUGAGAAUGGCCAGAGAUAUGGCUGAGCUGGAAUUAGCUGUGGGCCAAAAUUUGUUCCCUGUAGAACAACUUGGUGCACCAUACCGAGCACUUCGAGCUUUCCGACCGCUUAUCUUCUUGGAAACAUCUCAACUAGGAGCAUCUCCUCUUCUUCAAGAUUUACCUCCAAGUGUCAUACUGCACCAUCUUUAUUCCCGAGGCCCUGAAGAAUUGCAAUCGCCACUCCAGAGAAACAAGCUUACGCAUUUGCAAUAUUCAUUGUGGCUGGAUUCUCAAGGGGAAGAUCAGAUCUGGAAAGGAAUCAAGGCAACUCUGGAUGAUUAUGCGGCAAAUGUUAGGGCUAGAGGGGACAAGGAGUUCAGCCCUGUAUAUCCUCUUAUGCUUCAAUUAGGUUCAUUGUUGAGUGAAACCGUUCCUGCAUCUCAGAAAUCAUGACCAAUUAUCCACUAUGCUUCGCGUAAAUUAGUAGUAGACAAAACCAAUAGCGCUUGCCAUGUUUUUGCCUUUUAGCAAAAUGUUGCAUAGGAACAUGUGUGGAAAAGCUUCACAAGGAUUCCUAGAUCUACUCCAAACGUUUAGGUGAGCAAUUUUUUAUCAAUAAAACUGGAUUUUUUUUGUAGAUGCUUUUUUCCUUUUGUGGUAAACUGACAAUUUGUUAUCUUCUCGGGUCUUUAGGUUCUUCUUGCCACCUUAAAUAAUAGGGAUCAACAGCUAUAUUUGAGCUUUUGGCAGAUUUCGCUGCCGAAAGUAGUUGGAUGCCCUCAAGGUUUAAAGUUCUUUGAGUUUUGUAUUAGCAGGUUCAUUUUCUUCUUGUGCCCAUUCGUUUUAACUAUGCAAAAUCAAUUUACAUCAUAUCAUAUGGUACAGUUACCUUUCCCAGAUUUCUCCUUACAUUAUAGAUGACAUUUUGACGAAAAAGAAAAAAAAAACAAUGUUUUGUUUGUGCAAAGGAUGUUACUACAAUUGCAAUGUACUGAAAUUUUUUAUGUAUCCAACAAAUGGAAAAUGUUUUCCAUUUCUGGGAAAUUUACCGGAUAAGUUGCGGAUGCUUGUGGAAUAAGUAAUGUUUAUUAGUCAUAGUAUUUG